AUGACAAAGAUUUCAUCAAAGAUGAUCCAAAGGUCAGCUACCGGUGUAACGCUGCGAGUGCUGGUAGCAGUCUUCGCCACCGUGUAUCCGUCGCUGGGGGCAGAAAUAAGCGUGACCGGAGUGAAGCUGAUCGACGAGGAAGUCUGCGCGGGGCUGAAAACCCUUUGCCCGAAGAUCGCAGCGACGGCCGAAGAUCUGAAGGCGCUUGAGUGCGUUCAGUCGCUGCUUCCGGAGCAGAUCGACAGUCUCGGGCCCGAGUGUCAGCAUCUCGUGUGGAUGCACACAUCCGCCUUGAUGGACGAUGCCAAUCUUAAGCGCAUGAUACAGCGUGGUUGCCCGAAAGACUUCCAGCAGUUCCCCUGCACAACUGCUACCGAUGAACCGGGCCAGUAUCUGGCCUGUAUCAUCGCUCACCGACAGGUGGCUAAGGGUAACGGUUGCAUCGGUUACAUUCAACGCCUCGAGUGGGUUGCUUUCUCGGACUAUCGGCUCAUACGCCAGUUUCUCACCGACUGCACGAAGGACAUUGAGGCUCUCGGUUGCGGGCGUGUGGUUUCCGGCAAGGAGAAGGUGUCUCAGGGCGAAACGGUGGCCUGUCUACAGUCGUCGCUCGACAAUCUAAACGCCAACUGCCGGCGGCAGGUGCUCCACUUAUCGGAGGUGCAGUCCGAAGACUACAAACUCGAUCGCCAGCUGUACGUGGCGUGUGCGAACGAUGCAUUUCGCUUCUGCCAAUCGCCGUCCACCGCGGGCCAAUCGCCAACGCUUCUGAAGUGUCUCAUGAAGCAUCGAAACGACGCUGACAUGUCAAAGGGUUGCCAACAACAACUCCUCCGUCAUGAUCGGCUCGUCGUCCACGAUUACAAAGUUUCGCGCGGAUUAACGCGUGCCUGUAAGGAGGACAUCAAGACGUACCGCUGCCGGCGCGGCGUAUCCGACGACAAGGAUGUAAGGUUGGCACAGAUAUUGCUGUGCCUGGAAGCGGUACAGAAGAAUAGCACCAAACUGAUGCCGGAGUGUGUGGCCGAAAUUAACGACCACCGACGGAUGCUCUUGAAUGACUACAAGCUCUCGCCGGAGAUACUGACCGGGUGCGAGAAUGAUAUUGAAAAGUUUUGCAGCAAUUUAGACGCCGGUGGCAAAACGAUCCACUGUUUGAUGGAGCAUGCCCGGGCGAAGAAAAAGAAAGAACGUCGCGUAACGGACACAUGCUUGCGGGCACUGGAGACGCUGGUGAAGGUGACGGACGUCGGGGAGGACUGGCGGGUAGAUCCGGUGUUGCGCAAGGCCUGUAAACCGGUAGUGGACGUUGCCUGUUCCGAUACGGACGGAGGUGAUGCCCGUGUUAUGUCAUGCCUGAUGGAGAAACUCGGAACGAACUACAUGAACGUGGAGUGUGAAUCGGCACUGCUGCAGAUACAGUACUUUGUGGCGCGUGACUUCAAACUCGAUCCGCAACUCUAUCGAAACUGCAAAGACGAUGCAAUAAGGUUCUGUAAGGCCAAGAAAAACUGGGCCGAUCUCGAUACGGCACAGAUGGAUCCGGAAAGGGGGCCCCUUAUACUGCCCUGCCUGCAUCGGUAUGCGUAUCCUGAGCGCGAAGAGAUGCGCCUGCGGCCUGAAUGUCUGCAGGAGGUGAAGCGUGUGAUGCGACAACGUGCCAAGUCCGUCGAUCUAAUUCCGGAGGUGGAAGACCAGUGCCUGGACGAUCUGGCGUACUUUUGCUUCGAUAAAACGGGUCGUGGUGAGGAGAUGCAGUGUUUACAGGACAACCUUGAAAAGCUGCAGGAACCGUGCAAGGUUGCGGUUACUCGGUACACGGAAGAAGAAGCGGCUCAUGUAGAGCUGAACCCAAUCAUAAUGGGAGUGUGUGGCAGCGCCAUGGAGCAUCAUUGUGCCAGUAUCCUGAAGACGGGACGAGAUGAGGGCGAGAUGAUGGAGUGUUUAAUCGGGGCCAAGAACACACCCGAGCUUCGAGACGAUGUCAAGUGCCGGGCAGCGAUCGAACACUUUCAAAUAAUUUCGCUGAAGAACUUUCACUUCACAUUCAAGUUUAAGGAAGCGUGCCGACAACACGUGUCGCGCUUUUGCAGCAAGUGCACAACGAAGUACGAAGUAGUGGCGUGCCUGAGCGAGGUAAUGCGCAACGAUACGCUGCGGGAGACGAAACACUCAAUACCGAAAGAGUGCCGGCAGCAGGUGCGGGCGCAACUCUAUCAGCAGCGCGAAAAUAUCGACUUUGACCCGAAGCUGAAGGCCGCGUGCAAGGAGGACAUCGAACGUCACUGUGCCCAGAUACAGCACGGUUCCGGGCAGGUGUUGGAGUGUUUGCAAACGCACCAUGGUGACCUUACGGAAACGUGUCACCAUCAGUUGUUUGCCAUAAAAAAAUCUGAGCUCACCGAUAGCGCGACGGAUUAUACGCUGCUGAACACAUGCCGCGACAUGAUCCGUCAAUAUUGUCGCGACACCGAACAAACAAAGUUGCUGCAGUGUUUAAAACUGCACAAAGACGAGUCUCUGUUCGACGACCGGUGUCACCUGGUGGUGGUCAACCGGAUGAUCGAACAAAAUCUCGACUAUCGUUUUAACCCGGCCUUGCAGGCAGCAUGCUCACGCAACAUUGCCGAGUUCUGUACGCCCGUGGUGCGACGGGCCCGCCAGGAUGAAGAGCUCAACGGGAAAGUGAUCGACUGUCUAAAGGUGCGGUUCCGCGAGGGCCGUUUGCUACCGGAGUGCGAGCGCCAGAUGACCGAGGUUCUGCAUGAGCGAGCUCUCAAUUACAAAUUGAACCCGCUGCUACAAAGCGUAUGCCACGAUGAGAUACAGGUGCUGUGCAGUGCACCGGUUGCCGAUACCGAGAGUACAGGCGAGGAUCACGGUGCCGUCGAGGAGUGUCUGAAGCAGGCGUUCACCGACAAGAAGCUGAUCAAUCGAGCGUGCAAGGUUGAGGUAUCGGAGCUAAUACAGGAGGGCAAGGCAGACAUUUACGCAGAUCCGUUGCUGCAGCGCGCGUGCUCGGUCGAUCUGUUGAAGUACUGUUCCCACAUCGAAAGUGGCAGUGGUCGUCUUCUUAAGUGCUUGGAAGAGAUACUACAGGGCGAGAGCAAAGCGUUGGAGCAUGACUGCAAGAGCAAACUCUUGUCCCGCCUGGAAAUGUUCCGCAAUGCGGCUGUGUUUGUUCCACCACCAGAAAGCAUCCAUCAGCUGUACGAUCAGGUGGUGAGCUCGCCGUCGAAGCACUACUUUCUGUUGGUCUUGCUCAGCUUCAUCGGUAUCAUCUUCAUCUUCGGUUUGCUCUGUGGUCGUGUGACCCACCGCACAAUGGCACUGAAAAACAAGUGAUUUUUGGCACGUUUGCAAUUGUAAUUUAAAAGAUUGGUUUUAUUCGCCUUUACAUCCAAAUUAUGACUGUGUUACUUAUGUGUUACAUCAAUCGGUUCGAGCAUUAUGAUCAGUGGCAGGAAAAACGAUCCAUCUACGAUUUGUACCACCCAAUAUUGUGCAAUUUCUGUCCCAAAAUGAUUUUUCAAUAUGGACGUGUUUAAACAAUGGCUGCUAUUCUUUUUGCUACUCUCUGGACAAUGAUUACGUUCUACUUUUUUUAUCCGCCCAGCACGCACCUUGCACUAGUUUACCCUAUUUUCUUAGUAAAAACAUCGUUCGACAUACUUGAUUGAUAACCAUCGAAGUAGACAGUAGCGAGAAAACAACAAGGCAGCCAUUCUGUAUUAUAUUAGUUAAUGUACAUUCUCCCGGAGGCAAAUUUCCAAGUCCGAGGUACAAGACAAAUCUGAUGGAAAAGCAUUGUUACGCGCUCGGCAGCAGUGAAACAAGUGCCAGCAAAUGCAUCUUUAGAUAGAUAUAAGUGUGCUCGUCAAUAUGACCUCUGUAGAAAAGACUUUUUAUAUACAUAGUGCAUAGUACAUGAUCGAUAUAAAAUGAAGUUCACUGUUAACGGAGAAGAUAGGGAAAGGUCAAUAUCAACCUGUAACAAAUUCACACAUUCACGGUCAAACACCCAUAUACACGAUUAGUUUUGCAUG